CCGUCAGCAAGCGGGCAGAAACAAUAGACUAAAGGAAACUUGAUCUGGGUACACUGGAUAUGUUCGUUAAGUCCCACACUGAACUCGCUAUGUCGACAUGACCUAGCUCGAUGACAUAUGACCUUAAUACCCGAUCAUUGCGACAUCAGGCUGUGGGAGGAGUGGAAGAGAGAGUGCUGAACAGUUAAAUACGGAGGCAGUAUACCACAUUCCUCAUAUGUAUUAUCUCAUGUAAAGACUUCAUCGCAGUUACCGACGCUGAAACAUCUGCGCGGUCAUCUGGCUGUGGGAGGAGUGGAAGAGAGUGCGCUGAACAGUUAAAUACGGAGGCAGUAUACCACAUUCCUCAUAUGUAUUAUCUCAUGUAAAGACUACAUCGCAGUUACCGACGCUGAAACAUCUGCGCGGUCUUCUGUGAAAUGACAAAGUUAUGCCACACGAAACAUGUCCAGGAACUGGUGUUACUGUAAUCAGAGGUCUUCGCGGGAACAACACGGAAAUAUUCUGUCUACUCGACCAUGCAGGCAGGGAGGCAGGCUGUCAAUAGACAUUCAGGACGGGUUGAAGACAUACUUUAAGUUCCCUAGAAAUUUGAUUAGACCAACGUAAUACAUCAAUGAACAUCAAUGAACAUGGAAUCCAUUACUGACAUGGAUGUAGAUGUUUCUCUACUAGCAGUCGAGAAGCAUCUCAGCUUUCUGGAACUAGUGGACAAUCACGGCCAUCUUUACGAAGGGCCCGUUCUCCUGAGAGCAAUAGGUCGUUAUGAACGAUACUGGCUGCCUUUUGCAUCCAAACACACAAAUGAAGUUCUGGCAGCUCCUUUGGACAUUGAGUGGGUCUGGCACUGUCAUAUGUUGGCUCCAAUGUCAUAUCAGAAAGACUGCUUGUCCAUGGUCGGCGUUUUGGUUCCCCACAAACUGAUAGGCUCCUAUGAAAGGCAGAAGUACCUAUCUAUGACAGAGUAUCUGUGGAAUAAGGAGUGCCCAGAAACACCCUUCCAUGCCAAAACUGAAGGAUCAACGGGUGAAAAGGACCUUGUAUCCAGUAUCAGUUAUGAUCUUGUCUCAGCUUCAGCAAGGCAAAAACAGUUCUUCUAUCAAGUAUCCCUACCUCAUUACAAGCACCGGACGUACCUGCAAACUGCCAUGAAGAGAUAUAAACAGUUUCUGUUCCUCCUGAAAAGCAACCCAAACUCUUUCCUUGCUCCCACCUUUGACAUUGAUCUGGUAUGGCAUACCCAUCAGUUGGAUCCUGUCGCCUAUCUAUCUGAUACUAAGCGACUCCUCGGUAAGAUCCUGAGUCAUGAUGACAGUGUCAACGACAGAUCACAAAACUCCAAGCUUACCAAUGCCACGAUGCGGACAUCCUCCCUUUGGAAAAAUGUUUUUCAUGAGAGCUUUUCCUUCCCUGGUGCCAUGUACAGAGGUGAAAACCAAAAGGGACAAUUGUAUCAGCUGACAGAGGGAGAAACAAAGGCUUUAGGUGUGGAAGAAGUACUUGUGAAACUCACGCACAUUGAAAUUGACGGACUUCCAACAGGGGCACGUUCAGCAAAGUUAGAGGUGGCUAUUUUACGAGACGAAGUAGUGGUGUUGAAUAAGAUAACACUGAGUACAAAGAAUUACAUUGACAAAUGUAUUUUGACUUGGAAGGGGGCUAAUCUCUUCCAAGCAAAGAUAUGUACAAACAAAUACCAUGUCAUCCACUUCAAGUUGAUCGGAAAAUCAGGGUUCACGAUUUUCAAAAAGGAGAUAGAAGUGGGAGAGGCAACGCUUGACUGCCUGUCGUCAAUUGAGACCAUUGAAGGAUAUACAUAUUCAAUUUCUGCUAAGAAAACACUGGAACCAUGGGAUAUAAUCUUGACAUGUAAAGGAGAGUUAAGUCGUCCUAUAACGACAUUACAGUUGAAUAAUGGCCCUUGGAAGACGCAUAGGGAGGGUCCUUUGUUACCAAGAGAGGAAGUAUGGGGUCCUGUGCCAAUACCACGUCCUGUAGGUGUUUCAGCAAUGUUCCACAUGGCAAUACACAAACUUACGGCGGCUGGUUGCACUGCAGAGUUUGUAUGCAGAGUCGUCCACUCCACGGAUCUGCUGAUGUCAGCAGUUCUUGUGUAUCACCAGAAAAGACUGGUCUCGUUUGCUUAUCUCAUUGGUGCAGACCAACUUCCUUCACCAGAAGCAGUCGAUUCAUCUUCCGACCUGCCAUCUUUAAAUCCAAAGUUAGGGCAACGAGCGAUGUUGAUACAGAACAAUAAAGGAGACUGGGGUUUGGUUACUGGCAACUGGGUUAGCGCCUCAAGUUGUUCGAAGCGUCGGAAGAAGAGACAGGAUCUUUGUGGAUAUCUUAACAUCAACUUCUACAAGUUCUCCACCAGGACCAUGAAAAAUACAUGCAUGUGUCAGGACCUUCCCUGGAAGUUCUACUUACGACUUGAUGGAAUGGAGUGUAGAAGAAAGUGUGUCACGUUCCCGGACAAAUACCAAGAAGCUGCUGAACGAGUUACCCUGGCUUUCUCCGUCAGUGUCCUGCAUGUUCUGUGUCAGCCAAGAUCGAAAGCAUGGAAAACUGCAUUGUCCCCGAACUAUGGCAGGAAGCUAGGUCGUCGUGAUUUGGCAGAUGCCUGUGAGAAUGUCCUGUUCCUAUCUGCAGCUGGGGUACUUCAGGAAUGUCCAUCUAACCAUUAUUUGGAGAACUCAUACAGAGACGACAGGAAGGCAAGGCAUGCAUUGCUCAAGAACGGACAAAAGAAAAGUGGACAAGGUGCUGACAGCGAGAGUGGAGAGGAUGAAGAAGAGGAGAAGGAGCAUGAUGAUGGAGAUGACGAAUUGACAGGUGAUGUCAAUGUGGAUCUGUUUGAUGCGGGUCAUGAUGACGAUUUUGAAGACCUUUGUAUGAUGGGAAUGGAUAGUUUUACUGUCGACUGUAGUGAAAGCUAUGAUGAUGGUGGAGAUUCAGGAGCAAAUGAUUAUGGCGGAGGAGGGGGUUACUACGGUGGCGGGAGUGACUUUACAGGCAGCUCAUCGUUCGGUGGUGGUGGAUGCAGCGACGGUGGUGGAUAUGAUGGCGGAGGAUGUGGAGGAGGAGGCGGAGGUGGAUGUGGAGGAGGAGGCGGAGGUGGAUGUGGAGGCGGUGGUGGAUGUGGAGGCGGUGGUGGAUGUGGAGGAGGUGGAGGUGGUGGAUGUGGAGGAGGAGGGGGAGGGGGAGAUGACUGA